UCGCUCUCAAGAGCAGCAGAAACAUUUCCAUUCUAAAUCUGAUUUUGGCACUUUAUAAUAAAUGUAGCAUUUUAUUAUACUGGCAUAAAUUUCACACUGAAAAAUGUAAAAAAAAUAAAAAUAAAUAAAUAAAAAUUACUAAUAUCUUUGAUUACUCUGCACAUUUAAAUACACAUACUUUCACAAGCUAACAUGGAAAACAAGUUGAGUUUGUUUCGUGCAGUUAGCAGAAUAACAGCCAAUGGAAAAAGAACAAACAAAAAAAAAACCUGAAACUAAAGGUUGACUACGUUGGUCAAACAUGUAAAAAUAAACUACAACAAACUUCCUUUCAAAUAGUUCAGAAAGAGCAAUUAGGAAUUUUAAAUAUAAUGUAAAGUAAAUUAUAAAGCAUGACAUCACUCAGAGCAUAAAGCAUACAACUAAACUGAAUAGACCUGGAGCAUUGUUACUGAUACUGAUCUAGAAUUGUUUUUAAUAUCAGAUCUAGUGGAGAUAUUGAUAUCCUAUCGAUGAACCUGUAUUUAUGAUCAGACGUUUUACACACAUUUACCAGUAAAACCAACAAAGCGUAAUUCAUCUCUUUCAACUUGAAGAAACCUUUAUAUUUUUAGUAACUAUAAGUUUGAAAACCCUAAAACAAACUUCACAUGAAGAAGCCAUCUGAAAUGGAAACCAUUCAUCAUAUACAUUACAGCUCAACUUUAAAUCAUUUAAAAAGCAUCUUCCUCUCACACAUUCAUCUGCUGAUGGCUUUAGUCGUUUUAUGGGUUUAGAUUGAAGGUCUUUAUAGGACACUUGCACCUCCCAACUCCUGCUCUCCUUUUAGUUCUCCAACAAUGUCGAUCAGAAGACAUUCAGUCUGCCAAACAGCCGUUCAUUUUUCAAAUGGAAGUGUUAGCUGCAGCGCCAAUCUAAUCAAACAGCUCUAAUUGCUUCAAAGUGCAAAACAUCCUAGAGUCUCUGAGCUGGACACCACACGCUGGAGCGUCCAGACAGCGCUUCCCCGCAAGACAGCGUGGACAUGGAGGAGUUCCAGCAGCGCAUCAAUGCUGUGUCCCUAGAGAAGGUCAAGGCCUACUACCGCAGACUCAGGGCUUUCUAUCUGGAGAAGUCCAACCUCCCUACUGACUCCAACUCCACUGCGAUGAAAAUAGACCAGAUACUGGGCCUUGAAGUUAGAGACCUUCAGCCGAGCAUUUCCAAACUGCUCAGACCCCUAAACACCCUGGAUGACCUCUGUCGGCUGAUGCAGUCUUAUGUCAACGUGCGUCCGAGCACGCAGGGCCACCCAUCAGGCGUCAGCGUGCUGUGUGUGUCCUCUGAACUGUGUAACCGGCUGGGAGCCUGCCACAUCACCUUGUGUGGCACCGGAAUGCAGAGAUGUACCCUGAAUGUGACCCUGGAGAAGACGAUGAUCCUGGCCAGGAACCACGGCCUCCUGCCGCGCUGCAUCAUGCAGACCAUGGACAUAAUGAGGAAGCAGGGGGCAAGAGUGGAUCUGUCUGCUAAAAACCUGAAGGUGAUGGACCAGAUGCCGCCAUCAGCUCCAAGGCUCUUCAAGUUGUGUUUGCCACCCUCAGAUGGAGAUCUGUGAGAACACUUCAGAGAAUCUUCUCAUAGGGAGGAGAAUGCCGAAGUGGAGGACAUUGGGAGAGGAUGAGUUUAAUUCUCAUCUCUUCCUUUCAGUUUAACGCUGCCAUUAAAACAAGGACCAACUUUGUGUCUGCAGUACAAGCUAAGAAAGACAGUUCAGAUAAACAAUAAAAGGGACAACGGACCAAUUAAAGCCAGACUCCUGCGGCCAAAGCAAACUAGUCAUGUAUGCUUUGUGAUUAUCCUGGACAGUAUUACUACGUCAGCCGUCUUCUGACGUGAAGCUUACCUUACUUAUCUAGAAGAGGAUGUUCUCAUGGAUCAGCUUGUGUUGUUAACUGGAUUAACCAAACUACCUGUAUUUGACCAAUGUCUUAAAUAACAAUUUUUACCCACUUUGCCUUGGACUGCAAAAUCCGGAGAGCUGCCUCUCGUUCUGUCCGCAUGCUCCGGUGUUCCCCAGGGCUCAAAGUUCUGACCACAAGUCAAGAAGAACAUUUUAGCUACACUGCUAGACGCAGAAAGUCCAAAAGACAGACAGAGAAAUGGAAGUAUAGGGACUGAGGGGCCUGAUAAUAAAAAAAAAUGGCAGAGGGAGAGGAGAGGGCUGUUUAGAAUUUUUUUCUCAGCCUGUUGUAUGUGGUGACUGUGCAAUUACUGUAGGUUUAGUUUAAGUACUGUAUUACUGCACAAAAUGAAGGAUUGCUAUUUAUUGUGUCCAGAAGGAGCGUUUUUAUCACUUACUUACUCGAUAUCAGGUAUUAAAGAGUCUAAAAGCAUUCCAGCCUAUGUAUUGAUCAGUAUUUAAAAGCCAAUGGCAUACCAUUUCACCUGUUUUCUUUAGAUGUACCUGCUUGUGUUUCAUUUUAUUUAAUUGUGUGUAAUUCAAUUAUGUCAGUAAUUGUUUCAUUAAUAAUCAGGGCAUGUAAGGGAUGGAGUAACUAAAUCAGGUCAAAAUGUAAAACAAAGAAACCAAGUCAAAACGUUAAGUACUGAAUCACUUAAAAUAUUAAUAUAUUAUUUAAUCCAAAUGUUGAAAGUUUGCCUUGUGUUUUCUGAAUUCUGACCUUUAAAUGGGUUCUUAUAAAUAUAAGAGCCCAUUUAAAAGUCAGAAAGUUUGCUGUAGGUGUUCUGAAAGAAGCACAGUGAUUGGUCCAUUCAGUGUUACGAAAAGUAAUGUAAUCAGUUUUAGGAUGACAAAAACAAACAAAAGGGAUUGUGUUGAAGAUUAAAACACAGUAAAAUUAGUUUACUGGAGAUUUUAUUUUCUUGUAAAUGAAUAUGUAACAUUGUCAGAGCAGAAGAUUGUGCAGUCGUUACAGAAUAAUGCUAUAAAUUAUAUUAGAUUAUUUUUAUGGAAGUAAUAUAGUAUAUGAAACAUAUUUUGUAUUGAUGACUGUGCAUUUGAAGAGAUACUGCCUCCCUGUUUCUAGCAUUACUGGAUCUGCAGCUUUGGUUUUUUGGUUGUUAAAAAUGUUCUUCAUCCAGAAACUCCUAUGAUUUGCUGCAUUCUUUGCGCUGGUUUCUGUUUACAGCCUAGUUCCAUAUUGACAUGUUAUAAUCUCACCUUUUUACCUGGAGCUUGACUCAUCCAUCAUUUUACAUGAUCAGACGUGCAGAUAUUUGUAUCAACAUAUUUUCCUGUAUGAUCUCAGUUCUGUACCUGAGUAAAAAUCAUUCAGUGAUCUUGAAGCAGUCUCUGUUAGCACUGCAGGUUGCUAAUGAGUGCAGCAUGUUGGUAUAUCUGGACAAAAUAUUGUCUAAUUCGGAUGUUUUCUUUUGUAUAUAUACUUCUGCAAUUUUAUGUUUGUUAAAAAUAACUGUACAAAGAUAUUCCUUUUGUUGAAUCUUUCUAAAAUGAUUGUAAAUGGAAUAUUAACAAGUUAGUAAAUAAAUUGUUCUUGUCAUGACA